GUACUAUUUUUGUCUGUAAUUCUGAACUAGCAGCACGUAGAGCCGUCAGCGAAAGGAAGAAACGCAGGGGAAGAGAAAAGAUGGGGGAAGCCAUAUUUGGAUUCUUAGCUUUCGUUUCAUAUGCCAUCCCACUUACGUCUGCCACCGUUUUUCUCAAUCCCUUGCACGCCUCUUUCCCCGACCUUCCUGCUAAAUACGCUGUUGCUGUCAGUAGCUCUGGUGUAUGUGGAGCAUUGCACAUAGCAGAUCCACCGAACGCUUGCUCUGCACUACAAUUUGGUGUUCGAUCCAAUAAAACUGAAGGAACGAGAUUGGCUUUGAUAAUUAGGGGUGGAUGCGGGUUCGAGGAUAAGGUCCGAAACGCUCAAAAUGCCGGCUUUCGUGCCGCGAUUGUCUAUGAUGAUCGAAACAAGGGAAAUUUGGUGUACAUGAUGAUAAACCCUGGAAACAUUACGGUGCAUGCAGUUUUUGUUUCAAAGGCAACUGGUGAAAUUCUAAAUAAGUAUGCUCAAAAGGAAAAAGGCGAGUGCUGCAUCUUCUCAUCGCAUUAUGAAUCAGCAUGGACGGUGUUGACAAUAUCUUUGAUCUCUUUUACUGUCAUAUGUGCUAUUGUGGUGUUAGUCUUCUAUACACCCAGACGCUUAUUAUAUUCGCAAACAAUGUAUCUUCGCUCACAAAGUGUGGAUGCUGAGACUGUGGAAGCUCUACCCUGCUUCACAUUUGGCUCUGCACAUCCCAGGGAUUGCCAUACUAAUGAAACUUGUGCCAUUUGCCUGGAGGAUUACAAAGAUGGGGAAAUUCUUAAAGUUCUGCCCUGCCAACAUGAAUUUCAUUCAAGCUGUGUGAAUUCAUGGUUGACUAAGUCGGGGACAUUCUGUCCAGUGUGCAAGCAUGAUUUAGGAACCAAAAGUGCAUAUUCUGAGGUGAAUAAAGUAGUUUGAAUACCAAAUCAACAAGGGAAAUGAAGAUUAGUCUAGUUUUGACAUCAGGGUGUUUGCUGUGCAGCAAGAUGAUCCUAUGAACUCUAUUGGAAGUUUCUUGAGAGAACUGUGGAUGAUUUCCUCGAGUACUUUGUUUUUUGAUAUGUGAAUAACAACCAAUAUGUUAUAAAAUGAUGUUAACGACCAAUAUGUACAUAAGUGUUUGUGAUAUAAAAAUAAAAGAACAUAAGAGUGAAAUAUCGACCAUUGCAUAUUUAA